GCCCAACUGUUACUACUCCUAGAGAUUCUGUGGCUCCAGUGCUUCCCUUAGCCCCAUAGAGCAAAUGAGCUAAACUAACCACCAUGAAGAGCAUGGCUGCAGAGGGAACAUGUGAGUUCUAAGAUAAAUUGUCUACAUGACCUAGGAACAGAUUUACUGAGCAUUUCAUAAUGCUCUAGUGCCGUGCAUGUGUGGUGUGGGAUCCUAAGGUAAAUAACACCUCCUUGCUCUUCAGCCCAACAGGGGAAGACAGAAGCAUGGAUGGUGGACUCUAAUACAAAGAAGAUCACCUAGAAAGACUAAGAGUCCACACAUGCAGAAGGACAUCGGUGGACCUUGUCAUUACAGGCCCACCAUGUGCAGCACCAGCAUGUGUGACCUAGAAGAUGUGCCCUUGGACGAUGAUGACCAAGACAGCAUAGAAUUCAAAAUCCUGGCAUUCUAUGCCAAACACCAUGUCUUCAAGAGCCCCCCUGCUGUCUUCUCACCCAAGAUGCUGAGAACAAGAACCUUGUCCCAGCAGGGGCUGGGGAAUUCAUCGGCCAAGUCAUGGACACAGGUGCUGAAGCCUUACAGAAAUUACUCAUCCAGCGAGAAGGACAUAAACCUGGGCAAGAAAAAGUAUUCUUGGAGAACGCUAUUUGGAGUAACAGAGAAAGAGGAAGAGCCACAGAACUCACGGAGGGAAAUCCGUUUGGAGUUCCAAGGACCAGUGGAACGUCAGGGCAGACUCCAUGGUCAGCAAUGGUCUAGGUCCUUUUCCAACGUGGCACAGCGUGUGGAGAAUGAAGCUGUGGACCCCAGAGUCGCUUCCAUUGCCAACCGAGUGUCUGAAAUUGUUUACUCCUGGCCACCACUAGAGGAGACCCAGGGAAGACACUUCAAGGUCAAAGAUAAUUUUAUACCACAGAGUUUCCAAUUCCAGUCUCAAGGUUCAGAAUUCAAAGCUGCAACUUCUAAGAAAGAUGGAGAAGACGAAGUAAUAGCCAAAAUUGUUGAGAUGCUGAAAUAUUCUGGGGACCAGCUGCAAAAAGAGUUGAAGAAAGACAAGGAUUUGAUGAGCAGCUUCCAGGAUGGGCUGUCCUUCCCUGUUUUCAAGAUGAUCACAGACCAGUUCCUAAAAGGUGUGGACACCAGAGGAGAAUCAGAAGUUAAAGCCCAGGGCUUCAAAGCUGCCCUUGCAAUAGACGCCAUGGUCAAGCUCACAGCUAUUGAUAACCACCCAAUGAACAGGGUUCUGGGCUUUGGAGCCAAGUACCUGGAAGAGAACUUCUCACCCUGGAUCCAGCAGCAUGGUGGAUGGGAAAAAGUACUCGGGAUAUCACGUGAAGAAGUAGACUGACAUAUCUGGAAUCCUCAUUGUCCAGUGGUGAUUCUAUGUACAUGGGCCUCAGCACAGGCUGGGAGAGAAAAUUCAAAGGUGCAAGGCGGAUGGAGUUCUGAGGUUAUUACUCCUGUGACUCAAGAGGCACCAGGAGAAGCCUCGCGCUUCUCCAGCUCAGGGGACAUAGUAGCAUCGUUUUUAAUGCUGUUUUCAGGUCCUCCACUGAGUGUGUGAGAAAGUCUAUGAUUACUGGUAAUUUUGCUUUCAAAUGUUUGAAUGGAAACCAUCCUCCUGCCUCUGUUAACUACCUUAGAGAAAGUGUAGUACCGAUGCCUGCUGACCUCAUGAGGGUGAAAUGAUAAACUGAGCCUGUGCUUAC